GGCAAAGAAAACUCCCUCACCCACAUCGAAUCCCAUACCCCCUUUCCCUCUUCGUAAAAUCCCCUCCUCUCUCAAACCCUAACCCUAGCGAAAAAUUCUUUCAUUUCCUGCAAAAUCCUUUGCAAUUGGUCUCAGAUUGGAGCUUCUCCGAAGUUAGGGUUUCUGUUCUUGGGGUGUUCAGAUGCCGGAGGAAGAGGAUCUCGUCGAGCUCAAGUUCCGUCUCUACGAUGGAUCCGAUAUCGGCCCGAUCCGAUACUCCUCGUCCGCCACCGUCGCCAUGGUCAAGGAGAGGAUCAUCUCCGAGUGGCCCAAAGAUAAAAAGAUCAUACCGAAGGUGGCUAAUGAUGUGAAACUGAUAAGUGGCGGGAAAAUCUUAGAGAAUCAGAAAACUGUUGCCCAAUGUAGACCACCUUUUGGUGAGCUUCCUGGAGGGGCUGUUACAAUGCAUGUCGUUGUCCAGCCAUCAUCAGCGAAGUCAAAAACAGAAAAGAAGGUAGAGGAGUUGCCUAAGAAAGGCUGUUCGUGCACUAUACUGUAAGUUAUUUCAAGCUUUUGAUCCUGCUGCCUGCAGCUGCAUUGUAUUCUACCAACCCUGAAGUGUAACAAAAAGGAAGAAAAAAUUGAUAUCUGCAGCGUGCCUUUAGGGCACACCAUCGUUGUAUGUGAAAUAGUCUUGUUGCAGCCUUUUCUUUUGUUCUUUCUCCCUCACCGUGAAAACGUGUUGUGUAAUGUGUGCGUUACCUUUUGUGUAUACUUUGAAGAGAUCGAUCAUAUAUAUUUGGGGUUCUCAUUAUUAUUCAUCGUUCUGUCAUUUUAUAACU